AUGCAGCGUGGUGAAAAGAAAAUGGUAGGUUCCCGCGUGUACGUGGGCGGGCUUCCCUUCGGUGUAAGGGAAAGGGAUCUUGAAAAAUUUUUCAAAGGGUUCGGAAGGAUCAGAGACAUACUUAUUAAAAAUGGAUAUGGGUUUGUGGAAUUUGAAGAUUACCGAGAUGCAGAUGAUGCUGUAUAUGAAUUAAAUGGAAAAGAGCUGCUUGGUGAAAGGGUGGUGGUGGAGCCGGCGAGGGGCAUCGACCGCAGCGCGGACCGCUACCGUCGCGACCGCUACUACGAGCGUGACCGCGGCCGGUCGCGAUACGAUGACUACAAUUAUAGAUACGGGCCGCCGACGCGCACGGAGUAUCGACUAAUCGUCGAAAAUCUGUCUAGCCGCAUUAGCUGGCAGGAUUUGAAGGAUUACAUGCGUCAAGCCGGUGAAGUAACUUACGCCGAUGCUCACAAACAGCAUAGAAAUGAAGGUGUGGUGGAAUUCGCAACACACUCUGACAUGCGCGCCGCCAUGGAAAAGUUGGACGGCACUGAGCUGAACGGUCGCAGGAUCCGCCUGGUGGAGGACCGUCGGUCUUCACGUCGUCGCACGCGCUCCUCGUCAAGCCGAUCACGCUCUCGCAGCCGGGAAAGACGUCGGUCCAGCAGGUCCCGCUCUCGCCGCUCAUCCCGCUCUCGUUCCAAAUCGCGUCCGAAAAGCAAGAGUCCCGCUGCCAAGUCCCGAUCGAGGUCCCGAUCAAAGGAUCGCAGUCGUUCGAGAUCCGCCAGAUCAGCGUCCCGUAAGUCCGAGCGCCGCUCCGAGUCCCGCCAGUCCCGCGAGGGCUCCGAACCCCGGAAAUCCCCGGACCGUAAUGGCCGCCAUUCCGCCUCGCGCUCCAAGUCACGCUCGCCGAAACACGAUUCUAAAGAGGCCGCCGACAGGGCCAGGGAAAGGUCUCGUUCUCGCAGCAAGGACGCGGGGUCGCCCAAACGUGAAGAAGAGCGUCGGGAGCGCGAGAGCAAAUCUCGAUCCCGGUCACGAUCCCGGUCUGGAUCCCGCGAGCGGUCCGUAUCCCGGGACCGCUCCCGAUCAGCGUCCCCGCGGCAAAAUGGCGACACUCAGGACCGCGCUAGCACUGACCGCUCCCCACGCAGUGGUGAA